UGUCUGUUGUCAUGUCUGCAGACUCAGCUGGUGUUCCUCUCAGGGAAGACGGGAGAACAGGUUGGUUCCUCUGUGGUUCUUGACUCCACAAAGACAGCCAAUCAUCUGCUCCACCGCACGGCAGCAGGGUCUUACUAUGUACUACUACAAAAAGACACUGGCUUGUAUGGCCUGGCCCUGUGGAGGAUUGCAGCUAAAGCUAAAGCGGGGAUGGAGCAGGGCCUCAAGAAGGACAAAGACUGGGAGAAGGCUGCCAACGCAACGUCUGGCCUCGUGCCCAUGUUUCAAUCUGAUUCACUGCGACAUGUGCUGAGAACGGGAGAGACAGGAGACCCACCCAACCUGCUGCUGGUGACUGGGAACGAGGUGGCUCUAGUGGACGGAAAACAUCCAAAGACACUGUGGAGAUUCAACACCAGCUCAGUCCUCGGCGAGCCCUCCUUCGGGCACUUUAACAAAGACGAGGUCCUGGAUGUUGUGGUCGAGGACGACAUUGGAAACUACACAAAGAGGGUGGUGAUUCUGGAUGGGAAGUCGGGCGGUGUGCUGUGGGAGGUCGAACUGCUAGCCAGUCCCAACUCACCGAGGCCCAGCGCUAUACACACAUCCAACUCCUUCUCCAUCUUUGUGUUUUGGGGCAUGAUGCGCUCAGAGGUCAACUCAUCUGAACCGUUAGAAAGUGACCGACGAUCUUACCUGCUCCACCCGCUCUACUCCAAAGUCCUCCUGCAGUCCACCAGCUUCCUGGAGCACAUCAUAACGUUUAAAGCCACUCUGUUGGAGGGUGGACGCCACGCCGCCUUCAUCCUGCUGACGGGCCCCGAGGAGUCCGAAGGCACCGUGGUCCUCAGAAAGCGGAAGCUGAAAAACGACGUCCCCGACAGCAAAGUCCUCCGCAUCGCCACCGGAGGAAGCUCCGAGAGCAACGAGGACAUCAAAGAGGCCUUCAAUCGUCUCCGCUUCAGCGAUUGGUGAAAGGACCAACUAUAAAAUGUCUCGUUUUUCCUCAGUGUUAAAAAUAGUUUUGGCACAGCUGACUUUAUUGUGGCUUAAAAAACCAAAGUGUGAACACUAGCUUUGACUUUCCAACUGCUGACAACCAAACAAGUCCUUUGUGUUCAGAGGCUUUAUCUGCGAGGGCUCUUCCAUUCAUUUGGGCAUUAUCUUUUAAGAAUUGACCGCAUAUCAUAAGUUUGAUUUUAGAUAAAUAGCUGCUGACCUUUGACAAUCACUACUCUUUUCCUGCUGAGAAAUCAAUCAGGCGGUACUCUCUUUAGCACUUUCAUGCAUCGAUGCAGAUCUCUUUCUAAAUUGCAGAGGCUGGAUUCGUAUUUUUUAAUCUAUGCAACCAUGCAUAUCAUCAUGGGCUUUAUAAGUAAAGCAAAUACAGGUGGUUGUUUCUGAGUAUUUCAAAAUAAUAGUUUGCUUUUCUUUUAGUGCCUUAGAAACUUGAAAUAUGACAGAAACCUUAAGUGAUUCACUAUUGGACUGUUUGGUAGUCACUGUUGUCCAUAAACAAGAUUUGUGGACAUUUCCUACUCAAUCCAAGAUGCUGUAACAGAUCAUGCUCUUUAACGCACAUGCACUAAACCUGUGAUACACUCAAGCAUGAGGCUCAGAUGUUCUCUGAAAUAAUGAGUUACUGCUGUGGGUUUUUUGUUUCUUUUAUGCUGUUUAAGUGUGCCUCUCUCAAAGAUUUAUAUUAGUACAAAUAUUUGUUUGCUGUACAAAGAUAUGUUGAUACUUUGGGCCUUUUUCGGCUUUUCUUUCUGUCUUGAGCAGUAAUAUUAAACACUCUUAAAUGAA